AUGUAUGGCAAAAGCCCUCGCUCCAAUCUCAAGACUCCAGAGAAGAAGUCGAACAAGGUGAGAGUACACUACAAUAUAUAUUGUAAUUGUUGUUUAUAGCAUGUGACGUGGAAAGAGAGCUCUGCAUCUAAUAGUCGGGUCAGUUUUGUUUUAUUUUGUGUCUUGUUUUGUAAUUUAAUAAGGAAACUAGGUGACGCAUCGUUCGGAUGCAAAGCAUAAUAUGAUUUUUGAAAGUUGUGGGAGGAGAUAAUUAAACCAUAUAGUGUAGAGUAACUUUUGAUGCAAAUAUUUGUAAUCGCAUGAUAAAGUACAGUGUAGGUGUUUUGGUUUCAGUUUAAUGCACUAAUUUGUAACAUUAUUAUGAUAACACUAUAAUGAAACGUUGUAGGAAUUUACUCCUAGACGUGAAGCAAAUCCAAUUAGUGCCAGGUUUUCGCCAUCUCCUCGUUCUUCAGAAAGGCCGCUGAAGCAGUCUCCAAAGUCGCCAAGCAGAGUUUUGAAGCGGAGUCAAUCGACAACCAAGCUUAGUGUCAAGAAACCGCGUGUUGAGAGGUUUUCUGAUCCAGCAGAGGUAUGAAUUGGUGCUUUGAUCUGAUCUAUGUUGUUUUAGGGUUUGUUUAAGGCAACGACCUUCUUUCGAAGAAUUCAUAAUGUGUUCAGAGACAAGAAGCAAGGUAUUGUGACAUUUUACGAAAGAAUUCAGCGAGAGAUUGCGACUUGGAAGGAUACCGAGGACAAAGUUUACGAUUUCGAGGUAAUAUUUCUUUAUGCUGAUUAUUUUCGUCAAAGUUUUAACAAGAUUUAUUUGAAAAUGUACAUCUUUUGAUGUUGUUAUACUCCUUAUGAUGUUCUUUUAGGUUCAACUAAAGCAAGUAAACACAAAUUUGUCUGGUUUGGAAGUCGGUAUGAAAAGCAAGAGAGAAGAGUACGAGGAGUUCACGAGAACCAUGGUGGCUUCAGUUGAUGCAGUUGUUAAGCGUGUGAACGAUCUAAUCUUGGAAAAUGUGGACAUAACCAAGCCUCAAGUUAUUAUUGUAGAUUAG